AUGGCCGGCAAGAAGGGAGCAGACAACACCAAAAAGGUCGCUGGCAACGCCCGCAAGGCCGAGGCAGCGGCCCAAAAGGCCGCCGCCGAGGACGCGAAGAAGGCUGCUGCCGAGGAUGCUGAAUGGUCAAAGGGCGCGAAGGGCAACGCGAAGAAGGAGGCGGAAGCCGCCAAAAAGGCCGAGGCAGCUCGGAAGAAGGCCGAGAAGGAGGCCCUUCUGAAGGAAGAGGAGGCUAGCACCCCCGGCCGGGCUGGCCCUAAAAACAACAAGACGGCCGUCAAGAAGACACGUGGGCUCGACCUGUCGCAGCUCGACGACGAUCGCAGCGGCGGCCCUCUCACAUCGCUCAACGCCACGGGUAUCGACAACGCCCUCGACGCCCUCUCGCUGACGGCUUCCGACCCCAAUGCCAAGAUCGACAGACACCCCGAGCGACGGUUCAAGGCGGCAUAUGCGGCCUUUGAGGAGCGUCGUCUCAAGGAGAUGGACGACGAUGGCACGGGGCAGGGACUGCGUUUGCAGCAGAGGAAGGACAAGAUCAGGAAGGAGUUUGAGAAGAGUCCGGAGAACCCUUUCAACCAGGUGAACGCCAAGUUCGACACCACCAGGGAGGAGCUGGCCGAGAUGAAGCAGAAGGAGAAGAGCAAGAUCGAGGCCAGACUUGGGAGGUAG